CUUCUAAUAGGUAUGCAGUACUACACAUACUUAGGCUACAAUUUAAUGACGCUAGGCUUAUUAUUUAAUACCGGCUUUGCCCCCCUAUAAUCUGAUAUCCAUUUAUUUAUAUCUCCAUCUAGAAAUAAACAUGGGCACCUCCUGGUCGCAAUUCUUCCCCCCCACCCCCCAGCUAACUGAAUCAACCCUUCCUAACCAGCAGGGCAAAGUGUUCCUCAUUACAGGCGGAUAUUCUGGUGUUGGACUGGAGCUGUGUUCUCUUCUCUACCACGCCGGGGGGAGAGUCUACCUUGCCGGCCGCGAUAAACAAAAGGGAGAAGCCGCCAUUGAAACAAUAAAACAGUCUUCUUCUUCUUCUUCUUCUUCAUCUGGAGAAAUCACCUUUCUAUACCUCUCUCUCUCCGAUCUGUCGACCAUCAAACCGGCCGUCGACGCCUUCACAGCGACAGAGUCCCGCCUCGACGUGCUGUUCAACAACGCCGGCGUGUCCAACCCCCCGCCUGGAUCGGUCUCGGCGCAAUCCCACGAGCUCCAGCUCGCAACAAACUGUCUGGGUCCCUACCUGCUCACCCAACUCCUGCUCCCGACCUUGAACCACACAGCGUCCAUCUCCGCCCCAGGCUCGGUGCGCGUCACCUUCACCUCCUCUAUCGUGGUGGAUUUCCAGACUCUCCCCACGCAGGAACUCUUCGCUCUGCACGUUCCGCACCCCUCCGCCCAGCAGCAGAACUACCUCCAUUCGAAGAUCGGGAACUGGUUCCUCGCUCACGAGCUGGAUAGGGAGAAUCCCGCGGUGACGUUCCUGGUUCUCAACCCGGGGAAUCUCAAGACUGCCCUCACCCGCCAUUUGCCUGCCAUCGUUCCCUUCCUGGUGGCGCCGCUCCUCUACCACGCCAAAAUGGGUGCUUAUACCGCUUUGUGGGCUGGUCUGUCGACGGAUCUGUCGCUGGAGGAUGGAGGGGGGUAUAUCAUUCCCUGGGGGAGGAGGCAUCCAUCCCCGAAGGGAGAUAUCGUUCGGGCGAUUGAGGGGGGGGCGGCGACUCGCUUUGUUGGGUUUUGUGAGGAGGAGACGAGGGAGUACAGGGCAUAAUAUGAGAUACGGUAUGAGUAUACGAGUAUAUGGGUAUAUCUAUAUAAAGGAUAUAAACUCAUAAAGGAUAUAAACUCCUAUAAUCAUUCCUUGUACUAGAGAGUGACUAUUUAUAUAUAUUUCAAGGACACUGCCACUAGUGCCCUCUCAGCCCAGUUCGAUCUCCCUCCUGCUGUACAAGAAGCUCUCCCAGGCGUCUCUUCUCAGACUCUGGAAGAAAGACUGGGUUGUUU